AGCAAGUUAUAUAUUUGCAUUGCAUCAUAACUGCAUCUUUUAAGAUAAAUUAAACUUAAUGUAAUUAUAAUAGUAAUUUUAGAUUUCCAAUUCUUUCAUUCCCCACACUCAUGUAAUUAUUCCCUGUAAUUUUUAUAUUUACAGUUCUUUUGACAAAUUUUAUCAAAUGUUGCCUAGUUUCUCGAUAAAAAGGCUCAUAAAAGCUUAUUUUAUAAGGAAAUAAGUUGGGUGUUCUAGUAAGCACUGUACAUAUAGUAUCUAUGAUAGCCUGAUUAGACCCAUUGACCUCCAAAGUUUUUUUUUAAUGUAAUUAAAAUUUUAAAUGAGAAAUGUCCAAAAAUCUCAAAAGCCAAAUCUUACAAAAUCGCUAUAUUGUUACCCAAGCUCAUAUGAAUUUUUGAGGGGAGCGGGCUUAUAAAAUUGCACACUUGAAAUGAUUUCUGAUACCUGGUAUAAAAUAUUAAGUAGUAUUUUAUGAUUAAUUCAUUAAACACAGCAAAAUUGUCAAUAUAUCAGCAUAAUAUUCUUAACAAUGUACUAUGCAAUUCUUAAAACAAUAUUUUAAAAAUCCUAUUAAAAGAAUAGACAUUGCAUUACCAGUGCGAACUAAAAUCUCAUUCUUGUAAGAAGCUUUCUGUGUUUUGCACAGCAUUACCAUUAGCAUUACUAAAUUAUAAAGUUAUAAUUUGGUAUUUCUGGAUAUAUUUGCAUUAAGCAGGUUCCUACGUUGCGCCAACAUAUCAGAUUAAGAAUAGUUCUAAAUGUGUCAUCAAUAUUACAUUAAUAUUAUUAACUUUAAAUUGAGAGAAGUUUGGAAUUAGCAAGCUGACUUUUGGCUUAUUUUUUGUCCCCUGGAGCUCUUUAAUAAAGUCUUCCUAAACCCUUCAGCUGUGUGACAUCUAUUAAAAAGAUUUUGCCUCCGUAGAGAGUUCACUAACAAAGUUGUUCCCUGUAUUUUCUUCGCUCAAUACCUCUAGUCCAAUUAUAUCAAAUUGAAGUUAAAUGUAUUGCGGACCAACACUGAAACAAGAAAAGUGCAGGAAGUAGAACAAACAGCACAAUCCAAGUUUUAACCAGCAGCUAUGAACCUGGUUUCCUUUUUGUACUGCGAGAUGAAGGAUGCUCUCUGUGGAACUAAGGAGAAAAAAUGGAAAUGUGGUUUAACCCUGACUGCUGCAGAUAAGUAUCAACUGAUGCCAGCAGAACACUGAAAACAGUACAGGUGACAAUCCAAGAAAAACCAGAUUUCAUCCAUGAAACAACGGAUUUGCAAUAUCUAAUUGAAGUAGACACCAUCUUAUAUGAAGUGGAAAAGGAAAUAACACUGUUUUGUUUUUGAAGGCAGUAUCUGAUACUUGAAAAAAAGGAAAGUGAGGAUAAGAUUGUCCUGCUCAGAAAAUGAUAUUGUUACAGUGUAAAUACUGAUGACUUGGAAAGGACAUCAAAAGGAUAUACUACAACUGAGUAUAAUUCUGUGGUCUGCUGUACAGAGAAGUGAAAUAUGAUUUCUUGUUUAUGAAAAUGAGUGUUGUGAUCCUCUUGAAGAGCCACUGUAUGGCUUGAAAGUCAAAACACUUUAAAAAAACUCAUCACAAAGAACACUGUUUCAAUUAGCAAAAGGCCACUAAUUUAUUGACUAAUCUUUCUGAAAAAUCUGAAACAUCCAAAUACACAAUCUAAACUGCAAGUCCAUCAAUGAAAAUAAGGGUUGGUAGGAAGGAAAAUAUAUUGGUGGAAGGGAGUUAUUGGUUAAUUCUGAGCCUGGUGACGAAGUAAAUAUGCUUGGGCUCACAUUUCACAUAAUUUUGAAACUACAAAAAUACUGUGUUUCACAUUUUUAAUCAUUAAAGUGUCUUGCCAUUCAAAUUUGGACUUUCAGGAGAAACAUUUUUAAGUUGCAUAAAUACAGAAUGGUGCAUUCUUACAUCUCCUCCAGCUUUAUUUGCUGACUCUGUGGAAGCUGCUUAGAUAUUACAAUUAAGAUUAUUAGAUUCUUGAGAAGAUAAAAUGGAUGUACCAGACACAUACUCAGUUGCCUUAAACUGGGAAAAAGAAAAUGCUUCCUGUCAAGAAAAUAUGAAGGACUGCACAAAGGGAAAAGAUUUCUAUAAAGAAAUGGCUUUUUCCGAAUUCAGCUAUUCUACGGAAACCCCACAAGAAAAUUACAGUUCCCAAGAAAUCUAUUUUAGAAAGAACUAUAAUAAAGAGAUGAGUAAUGCACUACAAAUAAGGAACAACAGCUUAUUUGAAACAGGGACUGCUAUGCUAAUUUCAUCCAAGGAAUCAAAAAACAUAAGAAGAUAUUCUUUUCCAGUCCCAUCUAUUGAUGUAUUGUCAUUGCCUCAGCUUAGAAGAGACUCAGGUUUUUAUUCCAUGCCAUCUUUAUCUUUAAAACUCCUCUCCAUCCCAUUCAAAGUAGUAACUACUUCGAAAAUGAGUACUAAUAGACGUGUCAGCUAUACAAAACCUUAUUCGAGUUUCACAUCAUUGUCUGGUACUCUCACAGAUCUUAAAUCCUCACGUUGCUACGCUUUUGCUUCAUGUGAUCACGAUAUGAAUGUGUGUCAUACUAAACAAGAAAGCAAAUUCAGCAAUACUUUUUCGGAGGACAACUAUUUAGAAUACAGACAGAAUAGGAAGGAAACAGGGCAGGUGACAGUGGAAGACUUUCAUUCCAUUAUGAAUUCUUGUCAAGCUCAAAAGGAGAAAUAUAGAUACAUUGAGACACCAACAACCCCAAAAGGAGGUGAGGAAGAUAUUACCUUUGAAAAAGAUAGUUUUGUUUGUGAGGAAGUUCUGAGAAGCAAAGACCAACAAGUUCAAGUCCAUGAAAAACUACCAAAUAAAGUAACUGUAAAUCAAGACUCUUUGCUUUCUGAAAAGUUAUCAAGUGGCAAUAGCAAUAAUAACAUUUCUGCUAAGCUUUCUGUAGAAGACAUUCAGGGUCAAGAAUCUGUAAUGCAGUCAAAUGAAAAUCUUCUGCAAAGUAUUUUUGAGUGUAAAGAAAUGGAAAAAAACCAGAGAAAAUCAGUCAUGACUGUAAUAACUGGGGAAUUGGAAGAGAAGCCCAUCAUUCUAGGUGACAUUAAAUCUAUGGCAAAUUCAUUUGGCUUGGCAAUAAAAAAAGACCCCAGCAGCAAAAGAGAAACAGUAUUUAUGUUGCCUCUUUUGGAUACUGAAGAAUCAAAUCGAGUUAAUGAAUUCCAAAAUUGUAGUGACAUUCAGAAAAUGUCUGAAAACAUUCCGGAAGAUUCUGAUUGCCAAGAUUAUUCUAUACAGACUGAGCAUCUUUUAGCUGGGGACUCUUUUACAGAUGCUCCAGAGAUGUUGUCUAGUGAACAACACAUAAGUCUCUCUCAUCACUCUGGAAGUCAUUUAGUAGAUGUUCAGACAGAGACAUUAUUCAAAUCCAGCUCUGAAAAACGAGAUGAAGAAAAGGAAGCAAAUAUGAAUGUAGUCGUGACCUCAGCCACAUUCUCAUCAGUAAAUCAAACUGAUCAGAUAGCUAAAUCACUGAAAGACACGAGCACAGGAUUAUCAAGGGACCCAGUGCUGAAAGAUGCAAGGACAAACAACAGUUCACAAGAGGAAGAAGAACGAGACCAGUGGGCUAGACGAAGGAAAUGGUUCAAAAACAGCAAAAGGCACCCUUCAUUUAGAAAGAGCUCUAAGAAUAGCAGAUUCACGAGAGGAUCCAUUUAUCAGGUCCAGAGGGAAAAUUGUAAAAAGCAACGUGUUUAGAAUGAGGGCCAGAGCCAUAUGAAAGAGCUUACUAUGGCUCCAAAUCAGUGGUGGGAUUUUACCAGUUCGCCCCGGUUCGGGCGAAACAGUAGUGGCAGUGGCGGGAGGCUCCACCCACCUGCCCGGAUGUCAUCAUGGAUGCUCUGUGCAUGCACAGAAGCGCAACGCGUGAACGAAGCAUGCACAUGUGUAUGCAUGCUCCCGAUUCCAAACCAGUAGCGAAGGUAAGUGGAACCCACUACUACUCCAGAUACCUCCAAAAUCAGUUCCUAGAUUAUAAUUUUUAAAGGUAAAUGAAUAAGGAGGAUUUUUUUUUUAAAUUUGCAUUUAUAUCCUGCCCUUCUCUGAAGACUCAGGGCGGCUUACACUGUGUCAAGCAAUAGUCUUCAUCCAUUUGUAUAUUAUAUACAAAGUCAACUUUUAUUGCCCCCAACAAUCUGGGUCCUCAUUUUACCUACCUUAUAAAGGAUGGAAGGCUGAGUCAACCUUGGGCCUGGUGGGACUUGAACCUGCAGUAAUUGCAAGCAGCUGUGUUAAUAACAGACUGUCUUAGCAGUCUAAAUAAAUACAAGAUAAAAGAGCAAUCAUAAAAACUAUUUUAAAAUUUUAGUUACCGUUAAAUGUUAAUGAAGUAAAUUGUAACUUUUAGUCCUCUCUUAACAUCCCAUGUAUGACUCAUUAUGAUGCAAUCUUUAGCACAUCAUUCAGAGCCCAGGAUGCUUCUUGAUUCGAAAAAGUUUAGACAAACCAGUUUAGACAAACCAUCACAGAAAUCCCCAAGCUGAAGAAGAACUGUAAGAAGAGAACUGUAGGCCUGACAUUAAGAAUAUUUUUAUACUUUAUUAAUUGCACGUGAACAACCCAGUGCCUUUUGACAUGAUCCAGCUCUUUAGUGUGCUUCAAUUUAAUUAGGGAAAUUUUAAGCUGGCCCUUCAAAACAAAGAAACUGGUUUAAAUAGCUGAUGCUAAGGAUACUUCAAGCUUAAACUGUCUACUGUUGACCUCACCCCAUUCCUAAGAGGUCUGUAAAAGGCAUGCAUAAGUGCAUCUGAGUGCCUACCAUCCCUAUCCUAAUAUUCCUUUUUUACUUACUCUUUUCAUGUAUCCAAAUUAUGUUUAUACUUUUACCUGUUAUUUUCUAUAUGAUUGACAAAAUAAAUAAAUAAAUAAAAAAUAUAAGGAAAAGACAGCAAAUAUUCAUGGUUUAAGAUAUUACUAAAGGUUUGCUGUAUUUUUAAUAUCACAGAAAAAUAAAUGGUUUUCUGUCAUAGAUUAGGAAAAAAUAAAACAAACAAUAAAAUAAAAACAUAGAUUAAGGGGGGAAAUUCUUCCCAGCCCUUUAUAUCUAUCUAUAAUAGUCUAAAUGAGGAAAAAAAUAAUGUUUUAAAAAUGUAUUAUCAGUAAGAUAAAUAUUUUAUUUUUAUUUAUUUUGCCAACAUAUAAAGUUCAUAACUUUCUUUGACAAGCAUAAUUUCCCCAAAAGAAUAUAUUGCUGAAGCUUUCUAUUUAUUUGCAGUUAAUCCUUGAACUUGGCUAGACUUGACUAAGUCAUACACUCUUAUGUACAUGGUGCUGUGACAUAAACAAUAACUUGUUACUUGAAAGCGCUGUGUUAUGAAUGCCAUUAUCCCUUAUGUAACACCUUGUUGAUGAAUGCUUUCUGGAGUGAUUGAAUUAACUGUGAAUCAUUCAUCCAUAUGAUCUAAGCUGCUCCUUGAAAACUCCUCUUCUCCUUAACUGUGGAACUAUAAACAAUAUUCACUGAGCUUUAAAAUCAGUGGAUUUUGAUAAAGAUCAAUGCAUAACACAUGGACUUUCACAGGUCAAAAGGACAACAGAAAGGUAAGCAGACCUGGGCUUUUAUGUGAAAGUCUGUUUGUGAUUUUCUUUUCUGUGACCCAGCAAUGGUAAUGUUGAAUAACUCAUUUGAUGGGAGUCAAUGGGAAGAAAAAUCUAAGGCUGGGGGGGAGAGAUCCCUUCUGUUUUUCUGUAACAUUCUGUAUUAAAUAAGUGGAAAUUAUCAGAUAUUUUAUACUGUAUUAAUCUGUAAUGAAAAUAACACAGGGUUCAGUAUUAAAAAUAUAUACAUUUCUAAGGUGAUGAUGUUGAGACAAAGAAAUUCAUAUUUCUUUGUAAACAUAUUAUAAGAGGAAAUGGGUUAAUGUGGAAGGAAUAUUAAUCUAAAACCAGCGAUUUUGAUAAAUAGUUUUUUUAAACCUACAUAUAAAAAUUAAAGUUAAAAUGUAUGUUCAAAUAUCAAAAGCCUCACUUGUGAAAUUACUUAUUUUAGACUCUCCUUUUUGCUUCCCACACAAAAUCCACAGCUUGGCGAUUUCUAUUCUUAACAUUAACAAGCAUUCAGAAUUUUGGCUCACAAAACUAAACCUUCAGAACUCAUCUGCUUUCCUAAGCAAUAGAAAGGUAUCUGAGCAAAAGCAUUCCUUGCAUAAUUGGUAAACAUUCAAUAGGAUAAAACAAACUUGGAAAAUGUGUUUGGGAUCAACUUUACGUGUUUUUAUACGAUCCUGAAUUUUAAUAUGUCCUAGAUUCUGAGAUCAAGAAAAUAGCAACCUUUAUUUUGUGAUACAAAAUAAAUGAAUUUUAAAUGAAUGAUUUAAAUUAAUAUGUGCCUUCUUAUUAGUUAGGCUGCAGGCACUUGCUUGUCAAGUUCACUAGAAUCUGGCUAAGCCUCCUUUUUGGCUGCUUAUCUGGGACUACAGAAGCAAUAGCAACAGCUAAGGUAUAGCCGAGUUACAAAUCAAAGGUUUAAUUAGGGGAGAGAAUUAUCAAAGCAAAUAUUUUUACUCAUCUCUCUCCAAUUGAUAGAAUGCAGAUGUUCAGGAUUUUGGGACACUCCUGAGACUUCUCCUCCUGAAAGCCCACUUUGAGAUUCUAAUGAGAGUUACAUAUAAUUUCUAAACAUGGAAGCACUGACCUAGCUCAAAGGGUGAUCAGAAUCAUCUAUCUGGGAGCUUGUGCUGAUCAUAUCUAAAGAAAGAAGGGUAAGGAAGUAGUUCUAAAGGUAAAGUUAAAGGUAAAGGUUCUCCUCGCACAUAUGUGCUAGUCGUUCCCGACUCUAGGGGGUGGUGCUCAUCUCGUUUCAAAGCCGAAGAGCCAGCACUGUCCGAAGAUGUCUCCAUGGUCAUGUGGCCAGCAUGACUAAAUGCCAAAGGAGCAUGGAAUGCUGUUAGCUUCUCACAAAAGGUGGUCCCUAUUUUCCUACUUGCAUUUUUUUACGUGCUUUUGAACUGCUAGGUUGGCAGAAGCUGGGACAAGUAAUGGGAGCUCACCCCAUUACGCGGCACUAGGGAUUCGAACUGUUGAACUGCCAAUCUUUCGAUCGACAAGCUCAGCAUCUUAGCCACUGAGCCACCAUGUCCCUUGAAGUAAUUCUAGUGAUAGAAAAAAGAAAGAUUCACUUAAUGAAAAGGAAACCCUUUGUCUGAAGCUAAUACUAGUCCUCAAGGCAACUUAUGUUAAUACUUUAAAUAUUUAAUACAGGUAAUAAAAUAUUUAAUAUAGCUUACAAAGUAAUAAAAGAAGAUGGUAUAAGAAUAGGAUGAAGGCUGAGUUGCAACAAUGUUUGGUCUGGUGCCUAAGGGAACGGUAACUUUAUUUUUAACCAUGUUUUAUGGUUUGUUGUGAGCCACCUAGCAUUUGUCGUAUGAGAUUGUCCUCUCCAUAUAAGUCUUGUAAAUAAAUAAUAUAAAUAAAUAAACAAAAGUAAGGUGUAACUUUAUAGAGAUGGAAAGAAUAAGCCAUUUAAAUACUCAAUUUAUUUAUAAUAAUGAGCAGAAAAAUCAUGACCAAGACAUAAAUGGAGGUGGAGAAGCCUUUUUGUUUUUAAACAUUUUUCUAAUGUCUCUUCAUCGUUUUUUGCUUUUAAUAACUUUGUCACUUUCUUGAUGACACCAGCAAAAAACAUCUGAUCUUUCCAAAUCUGCCUUUCUCAA